AUGUCGGUUACAGCUAAAUUUCUAACUGACAGUUUGAGUAAUUCAUCUAAUAAAUACAAAUCAAUGCAUUCUUCAUCGAAAACAUUCAAUAAUAAAAAAGAAGGAUCUCAAACUCUUGCUACUAUGAUUAAUCGAAUUCAGACAUUAAUUAAAUCAAUAAAGAGACUAGGUGUUCAUGCCGUCGGCUAUAUGUCUGCUGUUGGCUUUGAUUAUACAGGUGAUGGAGAUACAGCUCGUUGUAAAUACUGCGGCCUUGAACUAUCGAACUGGACAUUAGAUAUGAAUCCAUUUACUAUUCAUUCAAAAUGUCAACCGAAUUGUCUAUUCGUACGCUCUAUAAUACCAACUUCAUCAUCAGAUGUACUUGUGUCUUGCACGAUGCCAAUAACUACUACUCAAAAUGCAUCUAUAUCAACGGCAGACGAAAAUACUUAUACUCUUCAAAAGAUAAAAACGAUGGAUUUCCAAUCAGUAUCAAAUACUUUACUUGAAACUAAUUCACUUCAACAAGUGCGAAGACGUACGUUUUCUCAUUGGCCACAUCGUACUGUUCCAUCGAGUGCACAAAUGAUUGAAGCUGGAUUUUGUUGUUGCAAUGUGGGUGAUCGAGUAGUAUGCAUCUAUUGUAAUCUUAUUUGUCAACAAUGGACACCACAUACCGAUGAUCCGUGUGAAUUACAUAAAACACUAUCACCUAAUUGUAUAUAUGUCAAAACAACAUUAAUGCAUCCUACAACUUCAUCAAUAUCAAAUAAUCUCAGCUCAUUACGACCUAAUGAUAUUGUAUUUAGAGCAUCAUGUAAUCCUGCUUAUUCAGAAAUACCAAAACGUCAUGCAUCAUUCGUUACAUGGCCAAAUGAAAAUUUACCAUUAGUAGAUGAUUUAGUUCGAGCAGGAUUUUUUUAUACAGGUGCAGCAACCAUUGUUACUUGCUUUUAUUGUAAUGGAUCGUUACAAAAUUGGAGUUCAAAUGAUAAUCCAAUGAUUGAACAUGCUCGUUGGUUUCCAUUUUGUGCAUAUGCUAAACAAUUGUGUGGCGAAGAACUAUAUCGUAAAAUUCAAGAAUCUAAACGAAUACAACAAGGCAAAUUUUGA